AUGCCGACAUCCUCCAGCCAGCUGGCUUCCAAAGCUGGACGCAACGAUCGCUGCGAGUGCGGUUCUAGCAAGAAAGUCAAAGCCUGCUGCGGCGAGAAAAAGCAGUCGAACCUUGCGGCCCCAAAGGCGAUGACUGAUGCAAACGUUGAAUUGUUAUUCCCUUCGCAUUCUACAGUCUACGAAUACAUCAAGAACGUGGAGGCGAAAACAAAAAAGCUUGUAAUGAAGCUAUACAACGAACCUGAGUCAAACAUCAAGAUCAUCACACGCAACGAUGAUGUUUCUGGAAAGAUGUUCAGAAGCUACGUGCAGCUUAACAAGCCUGGAAAGCAGCCAAUGCUUAAGUGCAGCACAGCCGCAUUGCAGAAAACUCCCCAGGAAUCACUUGAGGCAUUGAUGAUGACCCUACGGCAGGCGGUAGAGGAGGAGGCAAUGAGAUCAGCUCAGGAGACGUUCGAUAAGACUUUCGGGGCUGAAGCUACCGAGGGGGUUGCGGGGGAGAACUCAGGUUCUUAG